AUGGACACGUCUGUGCGCGCUUCGGUGGAAAAGGCCGUCUAUGAAGAGUUGCAGGCAGCAUGGGGGCCACUCCCCUUGAGUCGUGACUGGCUGUCUGAGUGUAUUGCGUACCUUACGACGAAAACCCCUACGAUAUGCGGUGAUUCUGCCGCGUGCCUAGAGCAGGUACGCGCCCAGCUGCUCGUCUCAAAUCUGGCGGACUCGAUGGAGGCAGCACAACCCACACCACGACUACUUCAAAUCACACAUGUCAUGGAUGUGGGUGUCUCUGCUCAAGCACUACGCGACAUUUUUGCUGCACGACAUACAGAGCCAGGCACCCCCUUUCCACGAGGCAUGCUUCGCUGGCACCUAAGUGACGGACACCAGUCGAAAGACCUUGUCGCGUACGAAUAUACUCCUAUCCCGGCUUUGUCUCUGGACACACCCCUCGGCACAAAAAUUUUAGUACGCGAGUGUGUUUAUGAUGACCAAGUACUGCUCUUAGAAGCGCCCCAUAUACAUAUCCUCGGUGGAUUUGUGCCUGAAUGGAACAUUUAUGCCGACCUAGCCGCCCAAAUAUCAGAGAAGCUAAGUGUGGACGUAAAGCCAUGGCCAGCAUCCAACGCAUUGCCGCCGGCACGUAGGGUAGAGGCAUCACACGCCUCGUCGGCGCCUGCACGGCCCUUGUCCAGCAUGACAGAGGUCAAGGCACCUACGGCGACCGUGUCUGCAGCACCGCCAUCAUUGUCUGAGCCAUGGUCAGACGACGUGAUGGACGAAUGGGAUUGGGAUGCGGAAAGAGCCUCGCACGCUGGCGCGCGUGGCCAGUCCUACUUCAGUAUGCAUGCGGAGAUGCAUGCUGUGACAUCCGCGCUGCGUGGAGCGCGCCCCCAUAACAUUCCACGGAGCAGUGUUCUGCUUGAUCCGAUGGAGUCAACGUGCGCGCAGUUCCAUGAUAUGACCCUCGAGAUGCAGGAUGGCUCCCGCUGCAGCGACGUGCCCACAGCUGCCACCAAGCGCGUGGCUGCUGGAAUCAAAGCCAAGUGUGACCGGGCUUUGGUCGAGGGCGCGAAGCGGGAGCAACAACGCAUCGCUUUUGCCCCCGAUAGCGAGUGUGUGCGCCACGGGCAUGGACUGUGGGCUGGCAAUCAGGAGGCGCGUCGAUUGCGUAUUGAGCAACAGGAACUCAAGGCAGAGCGGCUAAAGCGUCGUAAAGAGCAGAAGAUGGCGCGGAAGGCGCGAGGCGCCAAACAGACGAGUUCAAGUGAGAGUGCCAGUAGUGACGUGACGGAUGCUGGUACUACAAGCCUCUCCUCGUCAAGUGAGUCAUCACCGCCUUCGACGCCGCCGCCAGGGAGUGUAUCGCCUCCUCCCAUGGAAAAUGGUACAGAGCUGGACUCGUGUACGUCCACUACGUUGGGCUACCGCAAAGUAGCACGAAGACCAUUGCAAAGCAUGGCAGAUUCUCGUGUUCGUGGAGCGGAUUUUGCCAUAAGCACGGAGGCAGCUGCUAGCUCCGGUCUUAAGGAGUCAGCUGUGCCCAGCGAUGAGAUGGUGCCACGAACGUCCCAUGAGCUACUGAGUGAUUCCGAUAUGGAAGAGAGCGGAAAGCAAGAGGCUCAAACCCAUAUGCUUCGCACACCUAUGCGCCUAUAUCAGAACGGUAUGGCGUCGCGCAACGCUGCGUCGUCCUCGUACUUUGUGACGGUCGUACCGCCAGCCGAUUUGCCGACCGAGUCACUUCCACGCAACGGCGGUCAUCCGUCCAUGGCGCGGCGUGGUACACUUCUCCCACUCUAUCCGACGCUGGGUGGACAGCUAUAUGCCAUUGCACGCGAAUAUGGCCUGCCCAGUGUGGGCGGUCUCUCGCUGUAUCUUCUCGAUGAUGGAAAGGGUAGUGAUGGCCCUCGUAUUGGCGAUGCUACAUGGGCCGCCUUAUGGAGCGGCUUUUUCGAGGAUGAAGACCUCGACGAAACGUCUGGCAUGAUGAGCACAGACAACGCCGAGGUCGACUCCUUUGGAAAGGUCACCCCGUUGCCGUAUGCUCGGCGUGGCCCCAUAUCACCGCAUCAGCGCCAGAAUUAUCAGGCGCUCAGUGGGGGCACACCGAUUAUGCGUCGGAUACACCGUGUCGCGAGCAACACGAGCAUGAUGUCGACAAACUCGGCCUCAGCAGCUUCCUAUACGCUAGAGCAUGGCCGUCUGCCGAUCGUCGGCAAGUUUGAGUGGGCUGUCGAUCCAAACCGGGCCAAAUGGUGGCGUUCUUUUAUUUCGCAUGCUGAAACCGUGUCAGAGACCAAUUCUCCACGUCGGGCCGGCCCAUCGGAGGCCCCAGUCCUGCCCACGCCACGCAGCAACAGCGGCCCUCGCCCGUUGCAUCUGGCUUCGCUCGCUUCGCCGCCAUCGUCGCGCACACUGCCGCAGCCUCCUACGACCUUCGAUGUUCCCUCGCGGGGGCUGCAGGGACCCGAAGCGGGCAUUAUUGUGCCAGAAGACAACGACGUGCAAGUACGUGAUGCCCCGAUUAUUGCUGCAUCGCCCAACUUGGAUGCGGCGCCUGAGCAGGGUCAGGAGCUGCUUGCUGCGCCUAGCAGUGUGCCGGAUGUGUUUACACCGCCGUCGACCAACGAAGGCAUGAUGACCGCGCCGACGUCAGUCGCGGAGGAGCCGCUGCCGGGGCAAGAGAAGGCACCUACUGCAUCGGCACGUGCGGUGCCUCCACCGCCGUCGGCAUCGACGCGAGAGCCGGAGGCAUGGAGUGUGUCGCAAGGCCAAGUAGUGCGCCCCCAUGCGAUGACGGCGGCAAUGGCGGCGCUCACAAGCGAUUCUCUUGCCCCCUCAACGCGGGCACUGCCCACGCCGCCGCCGCCACCUGCCCGUCCGCCCUCGCAUCCAAGUGCCUCGAAGCCUGAGAGUAUCAAGUCUGAGCCCGAUACAAGCCAUGACAAUGACUCGACACACUCGAAGAAGGAAAAGCCGACGGUCGUCGCUAGCAUCUCUGCGGCGGCGUCGCGCCUGUUUGGCACGCAACACAAGCAUACAGACUCGAGCUCGUCGGCGCCCGAACAGAAGACAGAGUCCACUACGGCCGACUCCAAGAAGGACGAGUCAUCACGCUCCGUUUCAGACAGUACCAAGGCAGCUGCUCAGGCCGUACUGGAAGGCAAGCCACGCACGCCGCCCUCGCCGCAACUUGAUGUAGAAGAGGCGCGUGAUCGUUUGAUUGAGCGUGAGCGUGCCACGGCCAAUGCUCGUCGGCAUAUGCAGCGAGCGUCCAUUGACGUUCCGCGCUCAGUGAAGCGUGCCUCCGCACGUAUGUCGGAAGUUAUUUCGCAGCCUGAGGAGGAGAUGGAAGCGGCCUCCAUGCACAAGCGUAAUGCCAGUGCUACGCGUUUCGAGGCGCAUGGCCCUAUUCUCGACGCUGUGCAUGAAGCGCCACCACGCCGCCCUCUGCCGCAGCCGCAAGGCCCACCGCUGGACCCUUCGGCGACGCCUGUGACGAUGACAGGGGUCGGUGCAGGCGCAGGAGCUGGCGCUGCGGCGAUUGCAGCGUCUGCAGGGAUGCCGACUGUCAGUUCGGCGCUAGCCCAGGACCAAGCGAAGUCCAAAGAAGCUACAUCGAUCCCGCCUGCGGAUGGUGCAUCGAAGCGCCCUGUGCCCACAGCGCACGAGAUGCUCUCUCGCCGCCUGGCGCAAAACGCUUCGUCCCUUCGAUCACCGAUUGUGCUUGACCAGUCUUUGCCUGGCGAUGCGCCGACAAGCAACAGCAUCAUCACGGAGCUUUCGCCACCGACUUCGACUGAUACAAAGGCCGGCGCCAUGGGCGACAAAGAGAAUGCCAACGUGACCUCCCCGACCGUCCCUCUCUCGGAGAUGGAUCAGAUCCUGCCUUCGGUAAAAGAUACCUCGGCCAAGAAGGAGAUGACAUCAAGCGACAAUGACAUUGACACGGCGCUUCUGACUACGCCGCCGAAGACAAUGGCGCAACGGAAGCUGCAUCGCUCCUCUCAGCAGGUGCCCGACGCGCCGACAGUAGCGCAGCUGAACCGCCAGAACAGUGUCGACUUUAACAACACUCUAGGCGACCUGCAGCGUGCGCUGGACUUGCUGUCACCUCGUCGUGCGUCGACAAAGCGCAGCAGUUUAGGGCGCCAGAACAGUCUGAUGGGCAACGCAGAGAAGCCCAUGUCGGCCAAGGACAUGUUUAUGGCCGAGAGCGAGAUGAUGGAGCAGCCGCCAAGCGAUCUCCAGAAUGCGCAUUCGCCAGACCAAUUGGCCACCGGUAUGACGACGCCCGCGUACGUUCGCUACGGUAUCGGUGACAUCUCAGUCCAAAGCGACCAGAGCAUUUUGUCCGUGGAGCGCAAGCGUUUGAGUUUCCGUGAAAAGCAACAAGGUGAUGCGCCAUCGCAUGCCAAUGUGCUCAACACGCGCCAUCUCAACGAAGAGCAGGAAGCGUCGACCACAGGCCCUGCGUGGGAUCCGAUGCCUAUGGGCGAAACAUCGGCUUGGAGUGCUGACCCCACGCCCAACCCCGACCAGGUGACGCAGUGGGGUCAAGGACCUCGGCCUACGUGGGAAAUGGACGAUGCACCACCGAUCUGGCAAUCGAGCGCGGCCUCGACCUUGCCGACUCGUGCCAUGGUCACCGAGGAGCCGAAGCCUGUACAGUCUAUACCGUCCACUCGCGUGCGCGAUUCACAACAGUCCCAAGCAUCGUGGCCUGGUGAGUCAAUGCCGCCCACAGAGAACGACAGUUUUCAGCGUCGUGAUUCGCAAUCGCUCACACACCGACCUGUCAUCGCGCUGGAUCAGGGCCGGACAUCAAGUGAUCUCGUGACACCCAGCACGGCACCGGUGCCGGCCGCACGCCGUGCCGUGCCAGACGCACAGGCAGCUCCAUCUGUGUCACAGCCUGCUCAACCGACACCGCCACAAGCGCAGCCAACUACGGAGCAGGUGCAGAAGCCCACAGCGCCCGUCGCACCGGCAUCCACUGCCGCGGCCCAGCCGCCGCCGCGUACGGUGCCUGCUGCAGCGCCGAUCGGUGUGUUACCCGUAAACAUCCCGCCCCACGACGGUGCAUGGAGUGUACGCUGGGACCCGCCGGCACCACCGGCGCUGCCUGAGGGUGGAUCUGCACCACCGCCACCGCCCAAGCGUGACGAGACGGAGGAGUCACUCGAGGCUAUGCUGCAGAACAUGCAGACGCGAGAUGCCCAGUCUACAGCCCCUGCGGUGGGAGCAGCAGCCCAGGCUGGUACGACGGCCCCGGUUCCUAUGAACGACGAGUGGGCUCGCUUGGCAGCACAGCAGCAGCCAUGGUCGGUGAAGGGUUCGAUGCCGCUAGCUUCACAAACCACCGGAAUGAUGCACACGCCGGUGCGAACGUCCCAUUCGGUGGACCUCUCCACCAUGUCGCAAGGAGCGAUGGAGAGUGGGCGUGUGACACCUCCGAACGAAGGGCCCUUGCCAGUGUCGACUAUGAGCCCCAUGAGCCCGAAUCAAAGCAGCUCAAGCUUGCCCAAGUCGAAUUCCAGCAAGGAUCUGUAUCGGAUGUCCACAUCGCCUCCACCGGGACAGGGUCGCAACAACUUUUUGGCCAAGAUGUCGCCAAAGUUCAAGUGGCCACGUCGGAAGAAGGACGAGAAGCGGGCCCACGUGUCGUCCACAGGCUCCAAUGGUAUGAUUCCAAGCCUCCCGUCGGGCGGUAUCUCGGAGGAUGAGCUGGCGAACAUGGACAAGAGCCGGAACUCGACCAUGUCGCUCUCGUCGGUUGGUCGUGGUCUGCGUAUGACACGGAGCAACUUGCAGGCGACAGACUCGAACAUGAUAUCCGGGUCGCCUGUUUUGCCGCAGCCGUCGAUGCCUUGGGAUUCACAAGGUAUGAUGUCGUCACCUAGUGGUAGUGUGAUCGACAAAGGCUCGCAGCAGGGUUUGUCCAGUCCGUUCUCGACCCACAGUGAGCUCUUCCCGGAGCCCAAUACGAGUCGCAUGUCGGCGGGUGAGCAGCCGACCCCUACAUCCAAUGCGGCCUUUGUGUUUGACGAGCCUCCGGCACGCAGUAUGAAUAUAUCACAGCCAGGUCAGCCUACGCAGCCACUGCUCUCGGACAUGUACCAUGCAUCCAUCGAAGAGCAGAGCCAUCCACCUGCCUCGGCCUCGCUGCCGCAUUCCAACUCGACGGAUACGAUGGCCCUUGCGCCCGGUGCGCCAGGGAUCCCUCCGACCACAGUCUCGACCCACUCCAGUGCCCCGUCGCUCAUGUCUCAGGACCAAGCGCGCAUGGCCUCCUGGCAAAUGCCUGGACGUGUAGGACAAACGCAGGGGAAUCAAACGCAUUUCCCUCCGCCUGUCAACCAGCAUAUGAAUCAGCGUAUGUCAGGCUCCAGCACCGUGUCGCAGUCGCAACCCUCGCAGAUGACGUCGUCGACAUCUACCUUGCCACAAGCAUGGCCUUCGACGACGAACCAAAUGCAGCAGACACAGACGCAAGCACAGCCGAUGCCAUCGCAGCCAUCGGCGUCGACGUUGCUGCCAUCGCAAGCGCUGAUGCAUUCGCCAGCGCAUGCACAGGGUCCGCCUACGGCCAUGAGCGAGGCUGGCCAGCAUGGUCCCACACCUCCCGCAAGCUCGGCGCCGGCGCCGACGUCGCUGCGAACAGACUUGUCCGCGCAGGGCCAUGAAACACUGCACCAAUUGGAGCAAGGGAAAGACAAGAUCACGAACGGUGUACGUCACAUGUUCAACCGUAGUUAG